UUUAAAUAAAAUUAUAGAUACUUAUCAAUUUUUUUUAUCUAGUUAAAUGUCAAAACUGUACUUUAAAUAGUAGUAAAAAUUGUUAAACACCUGUGCGUCCUAGUUGCCCAUUCGGACGCCGUAUAACAUAGAUGACGUGUCGAAUUAAAAAACUGGCUAUAUUGAGGAUUGCAUUACACUGGCGGGGUCGCCAGAAGGAAUGUAAAGCCUUCGACCGGUUAGAUAAGGAGGCACGUCAUCUUUUUUCUGUUUCACACAAGUAUUCCUCAAAACAGUCCGUUUUACUGUGGUCGAUGGAAAUUUCGAGAGAAGAUUCGGUUCGAUUCUCGAAUUCGGACUCUAUGCCAUGCACCAGGGGAUGUGAGCAAUCCACUGAGUUUAAUACAAUAAAGACCCUUGCUUGCAUGCAACCACUGAACCACAGUCACGAACGAAGAUACAAGUUUGCAGCGUAGGACGAAAACCACAUUAAAUCACAACUUAUGCUGGUAAGUGAACAUGGUAACAAAUAAAUGUAAGGUAAUGAAGUUCUGAAGAACAACACUUAACAAACAACAAAAUAAAGAAAAACGUGGUUAAGUCUUAAGUUAGGCUUCAGUGUCACCAUCAAAAUAAUACUUGUGAUAUCAAUGUCUCAUUUCUCUUAACUAUAAGUACAAUUAAUAAUUAUAAUUAUAAAAACACGAAAAACAGACAUUUCCGCGUAACAAUCACAGUUCAACUACGUUGCUGGCCGGUCGCACGCGGAGACACAUUGCUGUCGCCAACCAAUACCGCAGUAACUCAAAUCACCGCUAUGCAUCGCAUGAAAACGUUAAAAAAAACGACAAAUA